CGCAGACACAUGUCAAGGCACAUCACCUAGACCAAGGAGCGACACCAGGACUGAGAGGUUCACUGACGGAGGCAGAGACGACACACAAUCAUCAAAAGCACCUCAGAAGGUCAGAAGACACCAAGAACAUCCCAGGUUGCCUGUCCUUGCUCUCAGGCUUCCAGAGAGGUCCGCUCUCAGUGCCAGCAUGGCUGCACAUGCGAACGAACCUGUAUUUGCUGCCCGCCGCUACAAUGAAGACACCACAAGAGAGUCUGUGUUUGUUUACACAAAUUCUAACAAUACGAGAGAUCCAUUUGAGGGUCCAAACUACCAUAUUGCCCCUCGCUGGGUCUACAACGUUGCUUCCAUAUGGAUGAUCUUCGUUGUCAUUGCAUCCGUCUUCACUAAUGGUCUGGUAAUCGUAGCAACAGCAAAGUUUAAGAAGCUGAGGCACCCUCUAAACUGGAUUCUGGUAAACCUGGCUAUAGCAGAUCUUGGAGAAACGGUUCUCGCCAGCACAAUCAGUGUUAUCAAUCAGAUCUUUGGCUACUUCAUCCUUGGGCACCCCUUGUGCAUCUUUGAAGGGUGGACCGUGUCCGUCUGUGGUAUCACAGCUUUGUGGUCUUUGACUAUAAUCUCAUGGGAGCGCUGGGUGGUGGUGUGCAAGCCAUUUGGUAAUGUCAAAUUUGAUGGGAAGUGGGCAGCAGGAGGCAUUAUCUUCUCCUGGAUUUGGUCCAUCAUCUGGUGCACCCCUCCAAUCUUUGGCUGGAGCAGGUACUGGCCUCAUGGCCUGAAGACAUCUUGUGGCCCUGAUGUGUUUAGUGGAAGUGAGGAUCCCGGUGUGGCAUCCUACAUGAUCACACUGAUGUUGACCUGCUGUAUUCUUCCUCUCUCCAUCAUUAUCAUCUGUUACAUCUUUGUCUGGAGCGCCAUCCACCAGGUUGCCCAGCAACAGAAGGACUCAGAAUCCACUCAAAAGGCAGAGAAGGAAGUGUCUCGCAUGGUGGUAGUGAUGAUCCUGGCCUUUGUUGUGUGCUGGGGACCAUACACCUUUUUUGCCACCUUCUCCGCCUUGAACCCUGGUUAUGCAUGGCACCCACUGGCGGCAGCUAUGCCAGCUUACUUUGCCAAGAGUGCCACCAUCUACAAUCCCAUCAUUUACGUCUUCAUGAACCGCCAGUUCCGUAGCUGUAUCCUGCAGCUCUUUGGAAAGAAGGUGGAGGACGCAUCAGAGGUUUCUGGCUCUACCACAGAAGUGUCUACGGCCUCGUGAACAGUAUAUACCGGAUACAAGGACACAUAUCAGGAUCACACAUGGACUGCAGUCAUUAUCAGCCUGCACUGUAUGCUACAUGCAUUAUGGUCACUUAGCAUAGCUCAGCACCAUAAAGAAAUAUUUUUUAUUUCAUGUCAGGACUCCAUGAUAGUGGCUAUGACGACAUUUAUCAUUGAGUGUGCAGGGUGUUCUGACACAUGCUCUAAUGUGCUCCUGGUGUGUUCGCUUUACACCUGGACUGUUUUUCGAUAUGCUGGAAUUCUGCAUGUGAUGUUCUCAAACCACUGACCUCUGCUACUGAACAGCUGAACCAGAAAUGAAGGCCAGAAGGGGUCCCACACCCCUCCUUUUACUAUCCACAAAAGACAUUCUUAAUGCCAAUGACAGCUCUGUAUCGGUUAUCUCUUAUAUAUGUCUUACUUGAGAGGUUAUCACCUGGCGGGAGUGCUGGUGUAAAAGUGUAUGUUUAUAGAAACAGAUGGCCUAACCCUGUCUUUGCACCUGUUGAAUACUCUAGACUAGACAUGCAUUUUCAAAAAAUGAAAAAAAAAAACAACCCAAAACAAAUGUAUGUGCUGUAUGUUUUUUUUUUCUCUA